AUGCACGUGCGAUGCUGUCUGCUGCUACUGGCAUGCUUGUUCCCGCGUGUGGCUCCUGAAAUUGCGCUGGGAGCAUUCGCGGGCGUCACUAACAGUGUUUCCCCAGGACCAGUCAUCGCAUGGAUUGCGGCAUAUCUAGACUACCAGAAGCACUGGAAUGCGUCUUUAGUGGAGAGAUUCGGCCCACCCAUCGUGACACUGCCAGGCGGGCUGCACCCGAAUGGAAGUGCAGUCACUUUACGGAUCGGCACGACACACUUGAAGACCGACAUAGGGGUAGCCACAGCGAUCGACAUGAUGUGGGGCCUGGACGGGGCCGCGCCCGUCACAGGACUGGUUGGUGCAGGCAUCUCGUCUAUCACAAUGCCCGUUGCCACCAUUGCGGCCGUGCAGAAAGUUCCGGUGGUGGCCUUUGCCUCAACUAACUCUGAACUGUCCAACAAGGACUCGUAUCCCUUCUUCCUUCGCACAGUCUCACCAGACAGCAUUCAGGCCCGUGCCUUAUGGGCCUGGAUUGCGCAUUUCGAGGUUGCACUGGCAACCUGCCUCUACUCCUUAGAAAGCUAUGGGCAAGGCCUCUUCAGUGAAAUGGAGACGCUGGCACAGGGUCAGGAAAAGCAAGACUUUCUCCAAGGCCUGGCACUGCGUUACAUGCAGGACUUCGCAGUUGAAGAAGCAAGGGAGGUUCUCUACAUAGCGAAGCGGCUGGGUUCUCGCUUCAUCCUACUUGCCAUGAACUCGCACAUGCUCGCAGGGCUGCUACCCCUCAUGAGAGAGGAGGGCAUGAUGGAGGCUGGCUGGCAGGUGGUGGGAACCGACGCUUGCAUCAGCUACGUUGACCAGUACCAUCUGGACAAGAUGAAGAUGCCCCUGGACCAUCAGUGGAUCUCGGAUUUGCUCUCCGGGGGUGCCGCAGCUCUCAAUGUGUGGGAUUCCCUCGCCUUCGAUGCUUUGUACACGCUAUUCGUGGCCAUCAACAACCUCCUCCACACGGUGUCCGAGAGCGAGAUUCGAGAGGAAGCGCUCCUGGACGAGCUUCGGAGAACACGCUUCAUGGGCGUUUCGGGCGAGGUGAGCUUCGACGAGAAUGGGGACCGCCUGGCUGCUUACCAGCUCAUAAACUUGCAGGAAAUGCCGGGGCUUUCGGCGCCUCAGGCUGUCGCUGCGGCAAUGUUUAGCGCCUCCACACUGAAGUUCACGUUUGAGAGGCAGCCGGUGUGGAUGGAUGGGUCGAGACGCGCAAUGCCUCCGGAGCAGCUCUUUUCUUGCGACCCUGGCUUUUACAAGGAAGUUUCUGGGCAGUGCAAGAUCUGCCCAAAAGGCAAGCAGUGUUCGGGCGGACCGGUCGCCUCCUAUGUCUUGUGCCCGCGAGGGGCCUUCGCGAAUCGCACCGGGAUGCAGAACUGCACCUUGUGCCCCAAGGGGCGCUUUGCUCCAGACGUCGGCUCCGAGGAGUGCAACACGUGCCUUCCUGGCUAUGAGGCGCCUAUGGAGGGCAUGGAGGCUUGCAGAAGGUGUGCGCCUGGCACCUACAUGCCACUGUCCGAGGGCCUCCAAUGCUUUCCGUGCCCGGGCAACUUGAUCACGCGCGAGAGCGCUUCUGAGUCCGAGUCGGAUUGCAUCUGUCGUGAAGGCUAUUUUCUGUGUGGGGACAGCUGCCGUGAAUGCCCGGCGGGCUUGCACUGCCCAGAGGGACUGGGCCGACCCCUGCAGCAAGGGGGCUUCUGGACAGAGGGUGGACUGAUCGAGUCCCAGUGCGACUUUUCGGUUCUUCGCUGUCGCGACGCGAGCGAGUGCCUCCCGGAGGCUACGCUGGGUGACUGUGCUCCGGGUCGAGAAGGGCGCGCCUGCAACAACUGCCAGCCCGACCACUUCCCUCGACGACAUCCUACUGCGCUUGCCGGGACAUGUCAGCCAUGCAAAGAGGUCGACCUUCUGCCCGGAGCCAUUCUCUUCGUUUUCAUCCCUGUUGUCUUGCUGCUUCUCAGCUUCCUGACCAUGGAGCCUAGCCAGCUGAGCUUAAAUUUGCUAACGGCGGCGGCGGUGGUGAGCCAGCUCAUCGUGGCCUUGCAGACUCUGGGUUCCAUGCGGCAGCUGUCCCUGGCAUGGCAGGACUUCGACUUUCAGCACUGGCUGACUCCUCUCUUUUCUGCAUAUUGCCUUUUGAUCGGGCUGGCACCCCGCUGGAUCUCGGCUGGUUCUUGGCUGUUUAUGCUGAUCAGCCGUCUGUGGCUUAUCGGCCUGGCCACCUUACUGGGACAAGAUUCCCAGAGAACCAGCUUGGCACCGGUCCCAGAGACGGAAGCGGACCCGAGCAAGGACAGUCUUAAGGAACCUGUCCAGUGGAGGUCACUGGACUCAGAGCACCGACAGAGCGCCAUGGCAUACAAGAGGAAAAGGAGAACAGCCACAAGUACCUCAGACUUCGCAGCUGCCAUUACCUCCAACGACAACAGCUCCCACCAUGCCAAAUACGACAACGACGCCAUCGACAGGGGCUUCUACAGAGGGGAAGCCAAAGUCCUUCACAAGCUGGUCUCCCAGAGGAAGAACGCAGUCACGAUGCUUCAAAGCAUCCGGCACCAAAGAGAAACCUUCGAAGCGGGAUGGGCCAAAUAUACCCAAUCGCUACUGGACACGGUCUCGAAGCAACUCCAAGAGAGGGAAGAUGCCCUCCUGCACUUCGACGAAGCAGAGAAGGAAUGGUCGAUGCUGCACAAAGACACCAACCAGCAAUUGAAGCUUGCCACGGGACACGAAGGACAGGAGAUAGACGCCAAGACGGACGAGAUGGAAGAUGUCGAGGAGGAGGUGGCCGACAUUGCUCAGAGGGAUGCACAGAUCGCCAAUCGCCGGGAGCAAAUGAUGACCCAGCACCAGAAGAUGAGGAAAGCCCUGGAGGCUGUCCGAGAUACUGCGCUACAAGGAGCAGAUCGAGAACACUCCAGGACACCGAGAAGGAAGGGAAGGGAGCAGGACGCGGAAAGCAUCUCCUCUGCAGACUUACCCAAAGAUGGUGGUGGGCAUGCUGGUGGGCCCAAUUCGCAAGCGCCGACAUCAGCUGCUACACAGAAGGAAGCCCCUGCUGCAAACAAGGCAGGUGAUAUGGAGCUCUCGAUUGAUCACUCCAUAAGGCAGGAACCAGACUUCGUUGAUCACAGGCAUGCCGAGCUGUUAGCCCUGUGCUUGCAGUACGAUCUGGAUUUCCACGAAGGCUGCGACAGCGAUGCACACUUUCUCGCACAGGCUGCCGCUGUUCUGUUCAACGCACGGAUGGAGCCAAUCUCUGCACAGCAGCUCUCCGGGCGCGGCACCAACACAAGCCCUCACUCACUCCGUGUUGAGCAGGUGGAGCCCCGUGCAGAUGCAACAGGUCAUUGCAUGUUCCUUCCUUUGAGCGGCCCUGGUUGUUCCUCACAAUAUCCCCACCCGCCACACCCGGUCGCGUCGGUGUUUCUGCCCUAUCCGAUUGCAGACCUUGAGGCGAUGAUUCAACACGCCCAAGAUUCAGCGUAUGUCUUUUUCGACACCGUGGAUCACUACAGGAUCCGACAAUUACUGCCGCAGUGGGGACUAAGGGAGAUAAUUGAGGAUGCAGUGCGCAACACUCAGGCACAACCUAUCACGGCCGUCAAGGUCUUGAGAGUGCCCCUUCCCGGGUUGCCAGCCGUUCAAAUUGUGCUUGAUUCGGCUAACCUCCCCCCGAAUUGGAUCACGACUCCUGUUGAUCUUAGAGCCCAUAACGUUCCAAUCUGCACAGUAGGAGUCCCCAGUGACGCAUCGGCGUUCGAGAUUGCACUCCGGGUUGAACGAUUCUGCAGAACACCGAGGCAAUUGUCGCACUGGGUUGCCAGGAGCCACUACUCCUUUUUUCCUCCAGGCAUCCUAUGGGCAGAUCCGUUCCAGCCUAACAUACUUGCCACCCAUCCAACCGUGAUCAGCAGCAUCGCCGCUGCUGGAUCAGAUAGUGGCACUACCGAGACUCUUAGUCAAGAAGAAUCCUCCUCAGAUGCUAGCAGCUCGCGGACGAACCAAGACUUCCAUGUGAUGGAGGCACAAGACUUUUCCGAGGAACCCACGUUCACAGUGGCCUUCCACCCGCUUGGAUACCCACCAUGGGUUCACACGUUUCCGAGGCUCACAACGCCAGAAGAGGUUGCACAACUUGCAGCACAAAGCAUGGCUCAGGCCACGCGUCAACCCGGCUGGAGAACGCAGUUUCUCUGGCAGCAGCCGAUUGCACAGGGAAUCGAUCUCCAUUGUAUGCUGACUCCAAUUCCCCACCCGACCCAUGGGGUGUUUCUAGCGGAUUUCAGAAGGAUCUUUGGACCAGACCUAAGGGGCAUGACAGCGUUGCCGAUAGUGCCUAACACACCACAGACAGCAGACAUGAUGUGUGCUGCUGCUGUCCGGUGCCUAGAGGAGUGGGCCCUAGCAGAUCCACCCCACGACUUUGUAGUCACCACUGCCAGGAAAGGAGCUCUGCUGGUCCCGGCUGGAGAUAGGCCUGCGGCAGUGACUGAGACGCUUGAUGUAGUACAGCAACUACCCGGCUUUAGACAGGUGUUGCUAACCCUUGUGCCAGCCCCUAGAGUUGCCAGGAACUACACUCAGGAAGCCAUUGCAAGAGCGAAUCCUCUCCCAACUACCUCGACCACCACCGGCAUGCAAACCGAUGAGCUUCCCUACUUUGUGCAGCCGCUUGCCCCGCAUCCCCUGACUUUGAUCCGCCUUGGGAUUUCAAGGGUAGGGGUCUUCACGGUUGAAUUUCAGGGAACACCCACCGUUGGAGAAAUGCUUGGCAGAGCAUGGGCCGCAGCCCUUCAGACAGUGCCUCGAGUCAACGAGCAGGCUUUGAAGCUGACGCCCUGUCAGCCGCAAGCUUGGGCCUCCCACAGAGAGAUCCUGCUCAUCGCCUAUACCACAGACUCAGACCAAACGGGCACAGUCUCUGUAUGGCUGGACCUCCGGCCUCAAGGAGUGCUUGCAUUCCGGCAGGCGAGUAGAGACAUCGACCCCAAUCUCCUGUUAAAGGAACUGAAAGGCUAUAAGGCCUUGUUUCGGAAUGGGGUUAAGUGGUCUGAUCGGGUGAUUCUUAACGAGGGAGACUACAUCACGGGUUCACUAGUCCCACAGGCGCCCGACGUGAGACCAAAUGACUUCUUCAUUCAGAGAAUCCAAGGACUGGCAGGCUUGCUCUUGCCCAUUCACAUUAACAGUGAACUUCAGUUCGAGACCACCACAUGCUUUGAGCUUGACCAAGAGAUCGCGCAACAAGCAUGGAGCCAUGCCUUACAAGAAAGGUUAUACGACCUUGGCCUACAUGAUGCACAGAAUCCUCCGUUUCUAAUAUUAGGACCGCAUAUUGAGGCACAAGGGGCCGUCUCAGAGGUUACACCACGCUUGGAAGAUGUGGCAUCAUGGGUUAGAAAGUGGGUUCUCCCUGAAGCAAGUGCCAUGCAGCUACAUGAUACCGAAGGCUACAUCCAAGGUCGCCGAUUGUUCGUCCUGACACCAUGUCAAAUGGACAGUGCCGAGCAAUACCUACGCAUUCAUGUAACCGGUGAGGCCGUGCAUGCCUUCAUGCUGCCUCACUCCAUGAGGCCAGGUGACCUUCGGAGAUUGGCCCCAAUUUCCGAUGCAGAAUCGCGACCAGUCCCAGGUCGAUCAUGGUAUGGGACACUCUUUCCUGCAACAGACUUGCACAGGAUGCAGGUCGUCGACCAGCAUACCACUCCAUGCACAUGUCGCGAUGAUUUCACAACGGCAGACAGCCAUCCUGUCAUCAGUGUGUCGAGAUGGCGGCAAAUGCGCCACCGUCUUAGGGUUGCAGAUGCUACAUUGGAGUCCCGCGAGAACAGUCAGUCCGACAGACUUGAUCGUGCAUCAGCAGAGAACACAGGUCACACCACCACUACCACCACUGGCGUCAGGACACUGCCAAUCAGUCGCGACGUGUUCAGGGUCCCUGGUAGUCCAAUUCUGCUUGCGAUAACUGGAGGCGCCAUUGCCGGUACAGAAAUGACUGAAGUCACCCCUGACAGUCUAGCCAAUGCGUUGGCCGACCUGAUCGGGCAACACCGGCUUCGACAGCAAGGACCAAGAGAAGGCUGCUUGGUCAUGGCAAAGUCACACCCAGGUAGGCAGUCUCCCUAUCGGGAAAUAGUCAUGCUCUGGCAUCCAUUGGACUUCAAUGUCCAUAUUCUCACCGACCUCAGGGGCAUAGGCGGGGGAUUGGGUCAUUGUGCAGUCGACUCGGAUGUCGACCUACAGCAGCUUGUGCCUACUGAUCUACGUAGGCGUCCGAUGCUAAUCUACAUAAACGGCAUACCCAUGCCACUCUUCCGGUCGACGCUACAGGACGGCGACUAUGUCACUUACGAAUCCCAAGCACCAUCCAUUCCAGCGAUCCCAAGAUCUGCACUUUUCCGUUCCUGGCCUGCUCUUGGCGCUUUAGGGGUUGACCUGUUGAUAGAGGACUUCGAACACCUCCUCAUCACACCCGCCGCCUUUGCCAGGACGCUCACUACCCAUCUGCUUACGGCAAUAGACACUAGGCUCACCACUCUUGGCUACCACAUCACACCGAGAAAUCAUAGUGUUUGUCCAAGGGAGAUUGCCAGCGCGCAGUGGGCAAAAGCUGAAGUGGUGCGGUUGCUCCCGGAGUGGCAGACGGCCAAUCAAAUCACUGAUACAGGGGCCCUUUCAUGGGAUGCAUCCAUCUUUUUAGCACAAGAUGCCUAUGAAGCUAGGCAGACCUGGCACUUGGUGCCUAUCCCCUACUAUAUGCAGCUGUUUCUGCUUUGGCCAGUCACAGAAGAUGUGCUAACACGCGUGGCAGAGAUCCCAGCUGCGAACGAUAGGCAAAUCAGCGGCAGGGAAACCCCAUCACACGGCCAUGUGCAUCACCUGCAGGACAGGGCAGGCACGGGCACCAGCCUGAUACAACUCACGCAGGUGCGCAGUCGCAGCAGAGCCCCUCCUUGCCAGGACUUAGCCUUGACUGCCUCUGCUGCGCGCAUACAGCUCUGUGAAGAGGAAUUCCGCCAGCGGAAUAAACACGAACAGUCAAGGCAAAGGUUCCAUCUGCCAAAUGGACUCAGCCUCACGUCCUAUCAAGACUUGGUAGAUGCAAUGCCAUUUGGCCGGUUUGGAGGCUGCCGCGCAGACCACCUCAAACCCACUCCACAGAUCCCCAUUGAGUUCUUUCCACCUGACCUUGCACUUGUUGUCGACCAGACUUACAUGGCCAUUGCCCAGGUCACUCCCGGCAGGCUCGCGCAAGGCGGAGAAGACCGCUACACAGUGUUUGAUACACUCUUUCAUGUCAGGGUGAAGCUACAUGAUAGACAUCAAAGAAUUGAGAUACUCAUGGCCGAGCUGCUGCAAUCUACCCCUCGGAGGGUUAGAAGCAUACACCGACUGCACCACACAGUCUACGGCUUUCCUGAGCCGCAAUUUGUAUUGACCUUCCACGAUGCACCAGCGCGCAACUUUGCUGUUCCUUGUGAUUGCCGAGGGAUAGGAGGCGGGAUAUGCACUAUCAACAUCGCGCCAGCUAUGAGCUGGACGGCUAUGGGGCAGGAGCUGCAAGCAAUCCCGCCAGACACUAGAGGAGACCCCAUGGGCAUCCAAUGGAUCUUCGUGGCCAUCCGGCCACCCACACCACCCACAGAGCAGCCCACAGAAGUCGAACAUGCCUCAAGGGCAUUGUCAUAUCAGAUUGCAACGCCCAUGGGCAACGCUGCACGCAUAUUCACAGACGGGUCCUUCCAAGCCCAAGAUGGCAGCGCAGCGUGGGCGUAUUGUGUCCUUGUCCGCCAAGAGGGCACUUGGACGUUCGGCGGUUUUGCAUCGGGUCGAGUGAACUCGACAAGGGCUGCGUAUCCACUUAAUGCACACAUUGCCGAACUCCAUGCUCUGUUUGCUGCCCUACUGACCGCCGGGUCACUACACGAACAUGAGGUUGUCAUGCACUAUGAUGCAAAAGCAGCAGCCAGUGUGGCACAAGCGGAGGCUUGGUCCAGACAAAAUGACCAACUCUCUCUGAGAGUUACCCUCCUUGCUGACUACGCCGCAGCCCAUUUGAGGCAACUGCAUUGGGCACAUGUCACGGGACAUUCCGGUGACCCGUUCAACGAACUUGUUGACAUAGCUGCAAAAAGAGCAGCCAACAACAUCUUCCAUCACGACCCGGCUGAGCAGUUGCGAAUUGCAGCAAUGUCAAGCAAUGAUUUUCACUGGCUAUGGUACUCGCCGACCAAUCCCAUUAGCAAGCAAGGCUCGUACAUAGUCAUUGCAGGCCCGGACGACGCGGGCCAUCUAGGAUGCCAGCUAUGGCUCAAUGCCGACGCAGCAAUCGCGACAGAUGGAGAGGAACAGAUCCACUUUGACACCAAAUGUAUCUCCAUCAUCCGAGCCGAACCCAGGCUGUUAGUCGUACUGGUAGACCUAGGCAAGAAUAGCCUUGCUUGCAUAGUCGGACACAGCCCCACCUCGGCGACCGACUAUGACACAAUCCUUGCUUGGUGGAGCAGACUGGAUAGUGCCAUCCGGGCGAUACCCGCCAAGUUCCGACCAAUCCUCUUUCUAGAUGCCAAUGCCCGUUUCGGCGACGAGGACGCCCAUGUCCCUGCUGCCAGGCCCUUGACCACUCCCGCUAAAUUUCUGCAAGCCCUUCUCGCGGAUCGGGAGCUCACCUGCACCCCACUCAGAGACCGUUCCGGCAAUAAAGCGAUCACCUGGACAAGUCCCAUGCAAAGAGGGGCGUGCCUGGACUACAUCAUUGUUCCACGAGAUCUGGGCAAGGGACUUACUACUAGCGGGGCCUGGUCAGACUUCCCCUCAAUCCACGGGCCGGACCAUUUUCCGCUUAUCGCGAGAUUGCACUGGCAGGAUCUUGGCAAGGCUUCCCGAGUCCACGUUGCAGUUGACCGGCAAGCUAUGUUGACAUCAGCGGGCAGAGAAAAGAUUCGGCAGAUAUUCAGUACAGCCCCGCAGCUCCCGUGGGGUGUCCAUGCCGACGACUACCUGGCCACACUAAAUAAGCACAUUAGCCAGAGCCUAGUCGAAGCCUUUCCCAAGCAAACAAAAGGACCUAGGCAAUUGCACGUGUCCGAAUCCUCCUGGAAAUGGAUACAAUUCAGACGCAAGUUGCGCAGGCAGAUGCACCAAGCCGGCCAGCAACAACGCAGAGCUUUCCUGCGUGCCUGCUGGGCCGCAUGGGCUCGCCCUGCCACACGCCAAGGGAGGCUCAAGAACACUUGGCACAUGCUGCAAGCCCGCCUCGGCAAGCUGGUGCGCACAGCCCACUGUCAAAUCAGGGCACACAUGCGUCAAGACACAGCGAAUCAUGCGAGGCAGUGCAUGCAAGAAGCCAAAAAGGAUGGCCCAGGCGCUCUUGCCGCACAUUUGCGAAGCAUCUUGCGUAUUGGACGGUCGUACAAGCCUACCCGCGCCGCCCCAUCACUGCAAAUCAAUGGAGAAUUGGUCGCAGGCCAAAAAGAUGUGGGCCACGCGUUUGCAUUGCAUUUCGCCAAAGCAGAGAGGGCACAGCUCUGCUCCCGCGAAGAUCUGCAGGGGAAGCAUGCUGCAGUACAUACAGGUCCGGGCGAAGACAUCCAACCGGACCAGGUCCCAACCCUUGUGGAUCUGGCCAGCCGAUUUGCGCGCCUACAACCUCAUAAAGCCAGUGGAUUUUCACUGAUUCCGGCCGAAGCCUUCAGGGCUGCGCCCAUGGAGGCGGCGAAGCUGCACAUGCCCCUACUUCUGAGGAUGGCCAUGGGCAGAGAACCCCCCUUUCUGUGGGUGGGAGGACGCUGUGUGCCCAUCCCGAAGCCAAAUAAACCUCCACUUGAUCUGAGUGGCUGGCGGAGCGUCAUGCUACUUGAACCUGCGUGCAAGGCCGUGGGACAGGCCUUCAGGCCGGACAUCGUUCAGCAAUUUGUCAACAAGGCAGCUCCCGUUCAGUGUGGGGCACAGAAAGGCGUGCCCAUCUCGCUGCCCAUGCUGCACAUACGAACCCACCUGUCCAUGCUUGAGAAGCGGAAGCAAUCAGGCGCCAUCCUGUUUGUGGAUGCCACGAAUGCCUAUUACAGCAUCAUUAGGCACUUCCUUUUCGCACAUGGAGAUAUCUGCGGCCAUGAUGCCCUGCUCGCUGCGGUCGAACGCAUACACCCUCAGCCGGAUAUGCAACGACAACUGCUGGCAGCGCUGGCAGGUCCCGGCCUGAUGCAGGACGCACCUGCACCAGUCAAACACUAUGUGCGCAGUGUGCUCGCGCAUGCAUGGUUCAGCACAGACGCACAGGCAGAUCAACUAUGCGCCACGUGCACAGGAACAUCGCCAGGUGCACCAUUGGCAGAUGUCCUCUUCCAGAUCAUCUUCACGACAGCACUCCAAUCGAUACAGCAUCAGCUUCGUGAAAACGGCCUGGAAGUGACUGCAGGGAUUGGAGCGGCCGCUCCACUACCCACGUGGGCAGAUGACUUGGCGAUUCCAUGUGCAAGCAGCAGCGCAUCUGAAGUCUUGCCUCAGGUAGUACAGGUGGCGAGCAUCACACACAAAGCGAUGCACAGCGUUGGACUUGACAUGAAUUUCGCUCCAGGGAAGUCAGAAGCUCUGAUUGUCUGGCGCGGUGCGGAGGCAGGAAAGCUUAGGCAGAGCCACUUCAGCCGACCAGACCCACACGUAGAGGUUCCCAUCGCUGGAGACAAAAUAGCCAAGCUAACUUUAACGAGAUCAUAUGUGCACCUGGGAGGAAUCGUGAAUGAUAUCAACACGUACCGGGAGGACAUUGAUCAUCGAAGAGUCCACGCCAACCUUGCCUUCGAUAGACUGAAGCGCACGCUGCUGUAUAACCCCGACCUAACAGCGAGCGAAAAGAGCCAGCUCUUCUCAGGACUGGUGCUUGGACGGUUCAUGCAUGGGAUUGGACAAUGGCGGCUCAGCAACAACGAUGAGGCUUACUUGUGCUCCACUAUACAGAAAUGGCAGAGGAGCAUGGUCCGUCCGUUAGUUGGGGCCACAUCGAAAGGGCUUACGGCCGCGCAAGUAUGCGAGGUUACCGGCUGUCUUCCGGCUGAAACUCUCCUGCAUGCAGCCCGCCUGGCACAGUUGGUGAUGGUGGUGGAAAAUGGUGAUGGAUACCUAUGGAAAGCACUCUUGGUAGCACAGGAUUGGAUCAGAGAUGCGAUUUGCUCCUUGAAAAUCGCAGUAAAUGCAACGAAGAAGGCGAUCUCAAUCCCGGAGGAUGAAAGCCAGAUCUUCAUUCACCUACAAGAACACCUGCCAGCUCUUCGCUUACUGCCUGGACAGUAUAAAGCACAUACGGCGAAGACGCUGGCACAGAACCGACAGCAAGUCAAGGAAAAGAUUGAGUUCCUGGCAUGUCUCGAAGCACAAGGAGGUUGCGUGUUCACGAUUGAACACAGACAGGCCCAAUCCACACGGUUCUGUCCUGAGUGCGGGAUAGGGUGCCGCACCGAAGCAGCUCUUGCCUCACAUCGCAGUCGGAGACACGAUGUUGGAGGUAGAGUGUCCAAUGUGCAAGGCACAUACUGCGCCGUGUGCAGAGGCGAAUUCUGGACAACCCCAUGCCUACGCAUGCAUCUACGCAAGGCGGAGACAUGUGCAGAAGCUCAUCUGGCUUCAGAUGUCUCGUACGGGCCCAGAGAGUUCACGGAGAAUAAAGCCCUUGUCAGGCGCCCAGCCUGCAAAGCCUUAGGACCACAGCCGUUUUGGGCGACGAUGAGGCCAACCGCAGUCGCUCGAGCUGUCCGAUCGAGAGAAGAUCCACCAGUACAGCCGUCCAAACUCUGGGAAUUUCUCAGCAAGCACUCGCGUACAGCCUCGGACUUCUUUGCUACCACAGUCCGAAUGCUGCUUCGCAUCAGUGAGGUUCCGGAUGUCGAAGACAUCCUAGAGCACUGCACAAUUGGCAGAGCUCAAGGGACAUUGAAGAUCAGGCUGUUGGCCGAUCUUCUAAGCCUAAGUGUCCGCAUUGUACAAAGAUACCGGCUUGGAGAAAGCGGGUGCGAGACCAUAGGCUCUUUUGUUUCGGUUCUGCAAGGGCAGACGGACUUGGCGCUGAACGUCCUGACGCUUGACCUGGACUUCGUCCGCAUCACCUGCAUCUACGGAGCUGACAGCCCCGUCAUGAAGUUUACAUGCAAGCUGGUGGCAUGCCCCAUUGCCUGCUCUUUUCCACUUGCAAGUUGGUGUUUUGCGAAAUGGUGGGGAAGGCCCAAGCCAUUCGACACAGUCCUGAAUCUGUGCGGGCUCUUGUCAUUUGCCUUCUUCCUGGCUAUUGCUCUGGCCACUCUGACUCCAUUUCAGUGCGUCUCCAAUCCAAGCGGCGUCACCUCCAUGGCAACAGAUCCCGGAGUCAUCUGCUACGAUUCGGAGGAGCACACAGUGCUUGUGAUCCUGGCAGUCAUCGGCGUUUUGAGCCAACCUGUUGCAUUUCUCACUGUGGCGACCUACGCCACUGUGAUGUACCCCUCGUGGGUCGCCAGCGGCAGGGGCCUCCGACUGCUGAACCGCUACCGCUUCCUUUUCCAUCGGUUCAAGUCGGAAAGGUAUUACUACGGCCUUGUGCUCCUGUGCCGCAAUGGCCUUGUGGCUCUGCUGCCUAUUGUGGCUGUAGACCUGCUUGAGGUACAGGUGCCAGCCAUGGGCCUGAUCUUAAUGGUCAGCCUGGUGUUGCUGGCGGGUACCUGCCCCUGGCGCACACAGCAGGCGAACCAGGUGGAUCUCCUACUCACGGGGCUGCUACUUCUGAUCCUUCUGGGGGUGGCGCCUCUGCUGAAGCUUGAUCUCACGCUCUCCUCCUCCUUUUUGGGGUGGCUCCUGUGCUUCCCGGUGGCAGGGCUGCUUCUCGUGACGACGGUGGCCCUCCUGCGGGCGCUUCUGGGCCACUUCAAGCAGCAGCGCCGCUUUGGGGUCUUUCUCUGCCACCACAAAGCUGGGGCAGGCAGCCUCUGCCGGCUGAUGAAGAUUAUGAUCGCACGGCGCAGCUCAACUCGGGUCUUCCUGGACUGUGACCAACUGCAGAAGUUGGACCUGCUCUUCGACAUUGUUCGGACCUCAACCCAGAGCAUGGCGGUGGUACUGACGCCCGAGCUCCUCAAGCGCGUUUGGUGCGCUGGAGAGAUCACCACGGCUUGGAAGAACAAGAUUACCACUGUGCCACUGGUGUGCGACGGCUUCCAGCCGCUGUGUACCGAAGCUCUGCAGCAGUUUCCGUCCCUUUGGACGCCGGAGCAGACACAGCUUCUGGCAAACUACGGAGUGGAGAUCGCUGAUGUCGCCCACGCAUACGCUUGGCUCCAGCACGACCUGACGCCGUUGUCCAUGCCCCGUUUCGGGUCUGUCUGGGCGCGGGAGGAGGCAGUGCGUGACAUGCUGGCUCGCUGCGGCGUCUUGUCCUCCGUUCGCAGCCUCAGCGGCAGCCUCAGCGGCAUUGGAAGCGGAUCAGGCUCCAGGCUCAGCCUGGCCCCUUCGAGGGCUCGCAUCCUGAUCCUCAGCUCCGUGGCCGACGCGGAGUCGCUGUCUGCCUGUGAAGUCUUCCAGCUGAUGCUGCAGGACCACCUGAAGGUGGAAUGUGCCGUCAUCCACGGCAGGCGCCAGAUGGUCAGUUGGAAGCCCUACGCCUACUACCUCGUCGUGCUGCUCUUCCGCGGCAUCUUCAACGACCAGGGCUUUGCGCGCACACUUCUGGCCGCGUUUCAUGCCCCUGGACGGAGCCUUGAGCUCAUGACCGUGAUUGCCGACACGCACUUUGAGUUUCCAAGCCUGGAGCAGGAUGUGAGCUCGCCGUUUGAGCAUGAAAGCACCGAGGAUGCGGAGCGCCGACGGCAACUGACCCAGGCCUUCCGCAAGCUUGUCAACGUGUUGGCUUUGCCCUUCUCCCCGCUCGCGUCGGAAGGCCUGCAGCGGAGGCAAGUGGCGGAGAUUGCUGGCAGGAUGCACCGCUACGAGGACCCCGCGGCAGCAGCCUGGCGAGACGAGGCGGACGAUCGCAUGGCGGACAAACUCGUGCGGGAGGAGGAUCACGUCCAGCAUCAGGGCUCCCUAGCCAGUUGCCAAUCCGAGCUGACAGCUGUGGAGGAGCUGGAGGGAGCUGUGUCAGGCCUCCCCGAACACGGUGAGCAGGGCGACACUGUAUCCUUGUAG